GAGAUGGAGAAUCGAGGACCUUUCCUUAGCUUCCUCGCAUGUCUCCUUCUCUUGUUGUUCUCAUUUUCAAUCUCAGCAAUCACACAUGAUCAUCAAGAUAUACAGGAGUAUAUCGUUUACAUGGGUUCACUUCCUUCUCGAGCGGAAUACAUACCAAUGUCUCAUCACAUGAGUAUUCUUCAAGAGGUCGUGGGAGAGAGUUUGAUGGAUGGUCGUUUGUUGAGAAGUUACAAGAGGAGUUUUAACGGGUUUGCGGCCAGACUCACUGAGUCAGAACGAGAACAAGUAGCCGGUAUGGAGGGAGUUGUGUCUGUGUUUCCAAACAAGAAACUAAAACUCCAAACGACUGCGUCUUGGGACUUUAUGGGGAUAAAGGAGGGAAAAGGGACCAAGCGGAAUCCAUCUGUGGAGAGUGAUACAAUUAUCGGAGUGUUAGACGGUGGAAUAUGGCCGGAAUCAGAAAGCUUUUCUGACAAAGGCUUUGGUCCUCCUCCAAAGAAAUGGAAUGGAGUUUGUGCCGGUGGCAAAAACUUCACCUGCAAUAACAAGCUGAUUGGAGCAAGACACUACUCACCCGGAGACGCUAGGGACUCUAGCGGCCACGGUACGCACACCGCAUCUAUCGCGGCUGGAAACGCAGUCCCGAACGCCAGCUUCUUUGGGCUCGGCUAUGGAACGAUGAGAGGCGCCGUUCCAGCCUCUAGAAUCGCCGCUUACAGAGUCUGCGCCGGAGAAUGUAGAGACGAUGUACUACUGUCUGCGUUCGAUGACGCUAUCGCGGACGGUGUUGACAUCAUCACCAUAUCUGUAGGUAGUAUUGAUGUGUACCCGUUGGAAGAAGACCCGAUCGCAAUCGGAGCUUUUCACGCUAUGUCCAGAGGGAUACUCACUGUGAACGCGGCUGGGAACACUGGUCCGAAUAUAGCCUCUGUCACGAGCGUAGCGCCGUGGAUGUUAACCGUUGCAGCCAGCACAACGAACCGUGUGUUUGUCACCAAAGUGGUUCUCGGCGAUGGCAAAACACUUGUCGGGAAAUCAGUGAAUGUUUUUGAUCUUAAAGGAAAGAAGUUCCCUCUGGUGUACGGAAAAUCUGCUGCUUUCUCUGCCUCCAAAGUCAAAUGCGCCGAGGAUUGCACGCCAGAUUGUCUUGACGCAUCCCGGGUGAAGGGAAAGAUCUUGGUCUGCAAUAUAUCUUUCCCCUACGUAGCCUAUACCAAGGGAGCUGUUGCAGCUAUUGUUAAAGAUGGUUCAGACUGGGCUCAAAUGGAGGGUUUACCUGUAUCUGGCUUAGAACUUAGAGAAGAUGAUUUUGAAUCUUUCCUCUCUUACAUUAACUCUUCCAACUCUCCAGAAGCGACUGUUCUAAAAAGUGAGACAAUCUUUAAUCAGACAGCUCCGAAAGUUCUUUCAUUUUCUUCUCGAGGUCCAAACAUCAUCGUUGCUGAUGUUCUGAAGCCGGAUAUAACAGCACCAGGACUAGAGAUUGUGGCUGCAAAUUCACUUAAGGCAUUACCGUUUUAUGACGACACCACACAUGUGAAAUACUCUGUUGAAUCAGGAACUUCAAUGUCUUGUCCACACGUUGCAGGCGUAGCCGCUUACGUCAAGACGUUUCAUCCUGAAUGGUCUCCUUCCAUGAUUAAAUCUGCCAUUAUGACAACAGCUUGGUCGAUGAAUGCUUCACAAGCUGAUUAUGCAUCAACCGAGUUUGCUUAUGGAUCUGGCCAUGUAGAUCCAAUAGCUGCUACUAAUCCAGGACUCGUUUAUGAUAUAACCAAAGCAGACUACAUGGCGUUCCUCUGUGGCAUGAACUACAAUGCGACUACCGUGAGACUCAUCUCCGGGGAAGCCGUCACUUGCUCUGAAAAGAUCUUACCUAGAGAUCUCAACUAUCCAUCAAUGUCGGCUAAAUUAUCGGGAUCUGAUAUCUCUUUCACCGUCACUUUCAAUAGAACCGUCACUAACGUCGGUGGCUCCAACUCUACUUACAAAUCAAAAGUUGUCUUAACUCACGGAGCCAAGCUAAACGUCGUGGUGUCGCCUCGUGUUCUAUAUAUGAAGUCUGUGAAUGAAAAGCAGUUUUUCACGGUGACUGUUUCUGGCCGGGGUCUUGACCCAAAUAUGCCUUCGUCUGCAAGUCUAAUCUGGUCUGAUGGGACUCAUAGUGUAAGAAGCCCAAUUGUUAUUUAUGCUGGUAUCUUCCGAUCAUUAUCACCGUAGCUGUUAUCGUCACUACGGACAUCAUAGAUCAUUAGUAUUGCUAUGAUUUAAGACAUUGUAUGUUUUAGUAAUAAUGUAAUAUUAUUGCUCUGUACUCUGUUGAUGUCUUACGAGUUAGGACAUCGAAUGAGAUCAUUCAACUUUUGUGUUA